UUUGGUGAUGCGCAUCUCUAAAGCGAACCACCGUGCUCCGGUUGGUGGGGUGGGCCUCCUCGUCCGCUUCCUCCUCUUCUGGUCCUUCUUCUCCGGCGAGCUCUGCGCCACCGGUGCCGUCGGCGGGAUGACGGCGGCCUCGAGGCUGUCCUACAGGAACGCCACCGUCGCCCUGUGCGCCAUCAAUGUCCUCGCGGUGGCGCUCCUCCUCCGCAGCCACUUCUCGUCCUGGCCGCGGAUCGCCGGCGGCCACCGGUUCGAUUCAGCUCAGCUACGGUACAUAUGGGAGUCUGAAGAGUUGCGCCGUGCUAUGGAGCCUGUGGAUUUGAUUAGGAGAGUGAAGGAAAUUGAGCAAGAAGCUUAUGGAGAGCCUGGCAUGUCAACAACGCAAGAAGGGACGGCUGCUGUUGACUUAUCGAAAAGGUUGAAAGAUUUACGGCAAGGGAAUGACGGCAGCAGCCAAAGAGCCCUGGAGGAGUGGCGCAAGCGGAAGAUGGAGCGGGCGAGGCAGCGGGCGAUCGAGAAGGACGGGAUGAUGCCCGGUGCAAAAACACCUUGAAGCGUAUACGUGUGCUACAAGCGUUCCAGAACACGGGGGCGGCACUGGUAUUCUUCUUCUCCUGCUUAGCCCCCGGGGUUGCCGCGGCGGUAAAUAACUACGAUGUUCAUCGGUCUGUUGAAGGGACAGUAGCCGCACGAUCUUCUGUCAUCCAUGUAAAAUCACCUGUAACACACGCUGCUGUGUUGGAGACGAAAUGAACGAAGUUUAGCUAGUACGUACUAUAACAGAAAAGAAGGCAAAUCGCUGUGUGGUGUGGUGCUGUGUUGUUAGAUUAUGGCAGUGGAAGAGAAGUGACUAGUUGUUCAUGGGAAA